AUGGGUAGGGACAUCGUUAUCAUCGCCCGAACGGAUGCGCUGCAGAGUUUCGGCUACGAUGAAGCUUUGCGGCGUUCGCGUGCUGCCGUUGACGCUGGUGCCGACGUCGCUUUCCUUGAAGGUUUCAGGACGCGUGAGGAAGCACGUCAAUUUUGCAAAGACAUGUUCCCAACGCCUGUGUUGCUGAAUAUGGUCCCAGGUGGAGUGAGCCCGCUUUUAACAGUCAACGAAGCGAAGGAAUUAGGGGCUAAAAUCAUGAUAUACCCGUUGCUAGCGUUAACACCCGUCUAUAAUGCCGUAACGGCUGCGGCCAGAGUACUCAAGAAACCAGGAGAAACAGAGAGUUUACCAGACGGCACGUCAGGUGGCAUUAGGGACAUCUUUGGGGUUUGCGCGAUGCAAGAGUGUGUACAAGUAGAUGAGAAGGUGGGUGGCCAGGAUUACAAAGCAGGUAUAUGA